AUGGCGGAUUCUAGCGAUCCGGGCCGCCGCGACUCCGUCGACCAGGGUAGCUUUCGCAGCGCACCGAAACAUCGCAACGCAGGCGACAUCUCACUGGAGCAGAUAGCCACUCGCAAGGAUGAGUGCGUGCGCUUCCUGGAGAAGCGCAGCCUGGACCUGCUCAGCUUCACGUACUCGUUGAGCCCCGAGCGGGCCCAGGAGUUCAACCGGGUGUUGGAGGGCGACAUGGACCGUAUGCUGCUGGACGCGCACAAGCAGCUGGCGAUGUACCGGCUGUACGGCGCGGGCGGCGACGGCUCGUUUUCGAAGUACCGCCUGAACCACCUGGAGACCAUCGCGCGGGAAGCGGAGGAGUGCUACGAACGCUUCGAGCGUGCGAAACGGCUCAACCCAUACCCUAACGUGACGGCGAUAGUGCCGAUAUUCGGCACCGACGACCUGGAGAGGCGGGUGCGCCAGAGUCUGGCUGAGCAGGAGAACGUCAACAAGGCGUUCGCCAACCUGAAGGACAACUGCAAGCGGCUGCUCGAGAGUUCGGAGCACGUGAAGAAGAUGAUACGCAACCUGCGCGAGCAGAACCAGCUGAUUUUCUUCAAGCACCUCCGGGUGUCGUCCCUGAUCGACGAGGUGGCCACAUCCCUGGGCGUUUGCGUCCGCGACAACGUAGCGGAGGACCUGCACUCGGCGUGCCUCUCGCAGGCCGCCUCGGAGUUCACGGUGGACAGUUGGGUGCGCAAGAUCAAGGAGUGCCAGGCCACCAUGCAGACGAUCCGGACGGAGGCGCGCACAUACUUCUGGGGGAAAGAAUCGGACUCCAGCGCGGACAAACAGCUGCUCACCGAGGACGAGCAACUUUCGUCGCUCGAGCUGCCGGACAACGUGACGCUGCGGCCGUUCGACCUGAACGACCUCUCGCGGCUGGAGCUGACUGUGCGGGCGCCGGAGGGGAUCUGGCGUGACAUCCCCGUCCGAUUUGAAUGCGUUGUGCCGGAAGGCUACCCUCACGAGCGGCUGCGCGUACGGUGUCUUAGUGCGGUAGGUGUGUCGGCGGAGGACGUGACCGGGCUGCAGAUCAAACACCCGAAUAUCCUGGGUUCGAACGCGCCCAAGUGUGCCGGAGCGGUGUGCCUGAACAUCAUACGCGAGGACUGGCGGCCGAUGUACACCGUCGGCACCGCAGCGCUGGGCCUGCUGAACCUGCUGGUGGAGCCGCAGUCGUUCGAGCCGCUGGACGCGGAGGCAGCGCAGCUGCUUACGAGCGACCCUGACCGUUUACGUGAACUCAGCCUUAAUGAUGCCACCUAG